CACGCAGCUCUACAGAAACGUCGUCUGAUCGCAGACAACUAUCUUAUCGUUUUGGUCGUAUCGGAAUGAUCAUGCACAGUAAUACAGCAUCAUCGGUUCUAUUUCAUUAAAUUAAAAAAAAAAAAAUCUCCAUUCGCAGAAUGGCAUGAAACCCCAGACUUUGUAACAUACCAGUGAUGGCAUCAAAGUAUAAUAAAGUGUGGGAUGAUGCACCCACUACCUUCACAGAGUUUGGUCCUCUUAGUUCAGAGGUCAAGCCAUCUGGUGGUUUUCUCUCAAGAUUUUUUCGAAGAGGAAAAGACGAUGCAGAUAAUUCAGGUAGUUCCUCACAGACUGGAAGUGCAGCAUCUUCAAGAGAGGGAUCUCUAGAACGCUGCCAAACUGUACCUCAUUCUAGUACUUCCAGCAGAAUAACUUAUCCAGUUGCACCAUUAACACCCAGCAGAGCAGGAAGAGGCAGUGGAAUGGAUGCAGGAGAAUGUGAUGAUGUUAUUAGUGGUGUUGUAGAAGAAGAUCCUAUUCUACUAGAUCCUGAAGCAUUGAAAGAGGAGAUUGAGAAAGAUGAAGAUAUUUUAAUGAGUCAAGAAAAUCCAAAUCAGACAGAUGAGAGUGAAGAUGAUGGGUUAGGUGAAAAGGGAGAUCAUGAUUUGCGAAUGCCUCAUCACCGUACUUUGUCCAAUGUUCUCAGUCGGCUUAGCAAUAUUUUGGACAGACGUAGCACGACUCCUCAAACAUACAAAGACAGUGACUUCAAGCAGUACUGGAUGCCAGACAGGAGCUGUCGGCAGUGUUAUGACUGUGGGGAUAAAUUUACCACCUUUCGUCGCCGCCAUCAUUGUCGCAUCUGUGGCCAGAUUUUUUGCAGCAAAUGCUGUAACCAGGAGCUACCUGGAAAGAUCAUAGGUUACAAAGGGGGAAUAAGAGUGUGUGACUAUUGCUGCAAAGUGGUGUUAAGAUAUGCUCAGCAGACUGUUUCUACUGGAGAGGUAAAGGUUAUACGAGAUGAUAUUAACACUGGAUCUUCUCUGCAACUAGAAAGUGAUGUUGGAAGCUUAUGGUCACCUAUUGUCCAACAUGGAUCACUGUCCAGAGAAGAACUAACUUUGCCUCAGCACCGAUCCAAUAGCUCUCCAGAUAUGGCUGGCACUUUAACAGACAAAGCUGCACCACCAUUUGACCUCACUCCACAAUCUGAAUUUCCUAGUCAGGAGAGUCUUUAUCAGGAGACCAAGAAACUAAUUCAGGAUUCUAUGCAGCUGAGAGCACUGUGGCGACAGCUUGUAGAAGCUGACACUGGCAUAGAAAUGCAGACUCAUCGAGUCAGGCUACGGACACACCAGAAUUGUAUUGUAGGGCGUGAUCUUGUUGAUUGGCUCAUCCGCAAUGACAUAGCUGUCAAAAGGGACCAAGCAGUUGCCAUUGGGCAGGCACUGUUAUAUGCAGGUUAUAUUGAGCCACUUGGAAACCAGAUGAAUAUCUUCCGGGAUGAAUUUACACUGUACAAGCCUGGUGAGAGUGCCACUCUUAUGGAAACACAGACUGAUACGCAGGUGUUGUCCUCAAUGCCAGAAGAGAGGGAAAGCAGUGAACCCCUCUGGUUUAGAGAGAUUGACAUGAGUGAGGAUACAGAUGAUGGCAGAGUGUCUGCUGCAGAUGAUAGACCAUCUAGCAUCGCUGGCUCAGAGUGUCGUAAGAGCUUUUCUUCUGAAUCAGAUGCAAGAACGCUUUCUGUUAGCGAAAGAUCUGAGACUGGCAGUGUACAGGAAAUUCCAAAAUUGUCCUUGGCCUCUAAAGAAGUGCUGGAUGAGCCACUGCCAAGGCAGGAUUCCUUGGCUGUAGGCAUGAGUGCUAUGGGUCUUCCAGAAGAAGUUUUAAAAGGGGCAAUGUUUCUGAGUAAAGCACCUGUACCAUCAUCGGACAUCGUAACCUGUCCACAAGGCUGGCGCACAGUAGAUCAACUGAGAGAAGAAAACGGGGAGAAACUUGCAUAUGAGAGACUGAAGCAGGCACAUACAGAGCAUUGGCAGGUUGUGACACGACAACUGCUAAGUCAGCAGGGUCUGUCUGCUUCAUGGGAGGUUGUCAUUUUGAACUGUGUGCGUCAGAUCAGUCACUUUGUACGGCCUGAUGUUCGAAGUGAAGCUGAUGAUCUAGAUGUCCGCAGAUAUGUUCACAUUAAAAAGAUACCUGUUGGUCAGAAGCAUGACACAUCAUUAAUCCAUGGACUAAUGUUUACCAAAAACAUUGCUCACAAGAAAAUGCACCAGCAGAUAACAAAUCCUCGCAUUCUUCUUUUGCGUGGGGCCAUUGAGUAUCAGCGAGUGGAAAACAAGUUUUCAUCCCUUGAGCCACAGAUCCUACAGGAAAAAGAAUUUCUCAAAAACAGCGUUGCAAAGAUUGUUGCAUUUCACCCCAGUAUUGUGGUAGUGGAGAAAUCAGUGUCGCGCCUAGCACAGGAGUUUCUGCUGGAUGCUGGAAUAACCCUUGUGUUCAAUGUAAAACCUACUGUGAUGGAGCGACUAGCUCGUUUUACCCAGGCUGACAUUGUACCUUCCAUUGAUGGUCUAGUUCGACCACCAAAUCUGGGCUUCUGCCACAACUUCCAAUGCCUUACAUAUGCUCUUCCUAACAAGGAGAACAAGACGGUGGUAAAGUUUGAUGGAUGUGCUACCCAUCUCGGCUGUACCAUCAGUCUGACUGGUGCUUCAUUCAGUGAACUCAAAAGAGUAAAGUUAAUUCUUAGAUUCAUGACUCUUGUGGCCUACAACUCUCUUUUGGAACUUUGUUUUGCUAUGGAUGAGUUUGCCAUGCCACCACCUGGCUCAGAGGAACUUCUAGAAAACAUGGAGGGAUUUGAGAGUUCAGUAGAAACAAUGGAUGAAGACAUAGAUACAGAUGAGAAGGAAACUAUGAAAUUUCUUGAAAUGAAGGAAAACAUUGAUCCAUUGGAUGCUGAGUGGAGUGUAAUUGACAAAAGCAUUAUGUUUGAAAUUGGUGAAACCCAGGUACUAGUGUCACAUAAAGAGUUAAGUGUUGAGUGCACAAAAGAUAAAGAGAACAAUAUGGAGUAUACAUCUCUCACAGAAGUGAUGCCAGAAAUCUGUCACAUGGAAGCUCCUUCACAUGUUACAGUAACGUUGAGUGAGGCCAAUGAGAAGGAUGAAGAUCACAGAGAGGUAAAUGGAGAUGAUCCUUCAGUAGCUGUUCAAGCAAGUCCUGGUGUUGCAUUGAGACCUGUGGACUCAAGCAUAAAACGACAACUGUCUGCAAUGAUGGAGCUUACUGAUUGCAGCGACCCAUUACUUGGGUACCAGAAAAACCAGGAUGACUCCAUUUUCAAACGUUCUCAGAGCAUUCAGUUUCAAGAGCAGAAACAAACAUCCACUCAUUUAUUUAGGCACUUUCUGCAGAACUCUGCUCUUUCCAUCUCACCAUACAUCAAGUAUAGUGUUCCAUUUUUGGAAUCAGAAGUAGGGGCUCGUUGCUUUGCUAGGGACUUUCUUCCUCAGGAAAUUUACUGGUCUGCAUUGUUUACUGGUGAACGGGCUCCAAAAGAACAGAGGCUGAGUAAGGUAAAAUAUGUGGACAUGGAUUGUGGAACUCGCUAUGCAGUCAAGUCCAACAUCAAGAUAACAGAGGCUCAUCAGUUUGUUUUGAGUGAAAUGACUGCUCCUGCUGCAGAAAACAGCAUGCAGACGCUGAUCGCGGACUUCCGGGCAAGAGGUGGGCGUAUCCAUGUGUUGUCUGGAAAGGGCAAAGUAAAUGGCAUUUCUCGAGAUCCUUCUCCAAAAGCUUCAAAAGAGAUGCUUGAAGAAUCCCUCCUUUCUGAGGCAACUAGUACUGCUGGAAUCUGCUGGGAAAAAAAAACAGAUUGCUUGGAUAUUCAUAAUCACCAGCGCCUGGCAGUACUCUUCAGCAGCUAUUCUUAUCGUUCUCCCAACCAUCCCAACCCUUGUGUCUAUCCCUGGGUGGUUACCAUGGAGUACUACGGGAGAAGUGACAUCACCCUUGGGGGUUUUCUGGAACGGUUUUGCUUCAGAGAGUCUUACACCUGCCCAUCUCAAACUUGUGAAGUUCCAAUGAUUGAUCAUAUACGACGUUUUGCACAUGGCCAUGGUUGCAUCAAUGUGCUGCUUAAAAAGCUAGAUAACCCAAUUGCAGGUGCCCAGGAUAGUAUUUUAAUGUGGAGCUGGUGUCGCCGCUGUAAACAGGUGACUCCAGUUGUUCCAAUCAGUGCUGAUACGUGGAAUUUGUCGUUUGCCAAAUAUCUGGACUUGCGUUUUCACUGCACUUGCUUCCAUCGCCGUGGGUCAGCAGAACCUUGUACCCACUCUCUUCAUCUUGACCACUAUCAAUAUUUUGGCCACAAAGACAUUGUUACCUCCUUCAAGUCAGUAUGCAAACUUGACUCUGCGGGAACUUGUACUGCCAUCUUGAUGGUAGAGAUAAUUCUGCCCAAGCUUAAUGCUGAGGAGGUGAUGGACGCUAUCAAACGCAUCACUAACAAGGGCAUGGAUCGCUUCAGUCUGAUUCUGGAGAUCACAAUGAAACUGAAAGCUGACAUGGCUGGAGAUUCUACCCUCAGAACUAUAUCAGACUUCCUUACAGAACAACAAACUGAAAAGGGAAAAUUUCGAGAGACAGCUACCAACAUACAGCAUCGUUUAACACCUGAGGAGCCAGAGGAAAAAGCUUCUGUAUUUGAAAUUCAAGACAGUCUAGUUUUAUUGAAGAGAAUGAUCUCAGAAUCAGUUCAGCAUUGGAACACCAGGCUUCAGGAUUUCAUGACAAACCAGCAGAGAAGGUCUAAAGGAAAUAAAAAGGAAAAAGAAUUAAUUUCCUCUUGCGAUGAAUUAGAGAAAGCCCUACAGAAGUCAGGAGAGGAACGUACGUCACAGAUUUUAGCCAGUGGAGAAUGUCAAAGUCUGUCAGUAGAAACUAAAAUUGGAGAGGAUCCUAAACCAGCUAUGACUAGCCAUGGAAGUAACCCUUCACUCACUCUCGUCCAACCAGAAGUACCAAAAGAAGGGCAGACAAUCAUUAAAACAGAUGAGGCAGAGGACUCUGCAGACAGUUGGUUUAGCGAUCUGAGAGGGGCCACUCGCCGAUGGCUUUCCAGCACGGGCUUUACUCCCAUUGCCAUGCCAUUUGAUGCCUGUGAGCACCACCUCCUAACACCUUGUGAACGAGUACCUAUUGUAGUCUAUGACCAGGAGCCUAGUUCCAUCAUGCUUAUGCCCUUAGGAUGGUCAGAAAAUCAUGGGCUUAUGUUGGAAGGGAUGAACUGCUGCAGUUCUGGAGACUAUCAAGUAAAACUUCGAGACAUUGUUUCUGGCUUUUGGGGCCCUUCUAAACUUGAAAAUGCUGUCAGCAGUCCUGCUGCAGUUAAGGGAGCAAAAGUCCCAGAUACCAGUGUGGAGGCAAUGCUUGAGUCAGCAGGACGCAAAGCAAGUAGUGGAGUUCUUUCCUUCUUACGAGGGGCAGGGGUAAGCCGCGAACCUAGCCCAAAGCUGGCUCGCAAGGGGGAAUGUAUUGAUAGCGUGCGCUACACUCCACGCAUGGACUGGGACAGUUUGGAAGAUGAUUCAGAAGGUUUUACCUUUAAUACUGGGACCAUUGCCCUGCCAGAUGGUGACAAAGCUAAAGCAGGGAAACAGCUGGUUAACCCACACAUUGAACUACAGUUUUCUGACAACACUGCACGGUUUUACUGUCGAAUAUACUUUGCUGAGCAGUUCAGAAAGCUGCGUAAACUCAUCUUUCCAGCAGGAGAAGAGAUGUUCAUAAGGUCACUUAGCCGAUGCAAACCAUGGGAUGCCAAGGGAGGCAAGUCUGGAUCUGCCUUCUGUAAAACUGAUGAUGACAGGCUGAUCAUGAAGCAGAUGUCCAGCAUGGAGGUGGAAUCAUUUGAGAAGUUUGGACCACAGUAUUUUCAGUAUGUUACCAAGGCCCAUACUGAAAAGACACCUACUGCUUUGGCAAAAAUUCUUGGCGUGUAUCGGAUUGGGUUUCGUAACACACAUACUAACAGUGCUCUUAAACAAGACUUGCUUGUCAUGGAGAACCUUUUCUACAACAGAAAGAUCUCACAGAAAUUUGAUCUGAAGGGUUCUGUGCGUAAUCGUCUGGUGAACACAGCAGGAAAGCAAGGGGAGGAAGAACUUGUACUUUUGGAUGAGAAUCUUUUGAAAAUGAGUGUGGAUAACCCUUUAUAUCUGAGACCUCAUUCCAAGACUGUGCUUAAGUCAGCCAUCACCAAUGAUUCAAACUUCCUGUCGACAAACCUCGUGAUGGAUUACUCACUUCUGCUGGGGCUUGAUGAAGGAACUAAAGAACUGGUCGUUGGUAUCAUUGACUACAUCCGAACAUUUACUUGGGAUAAAAAGCUAGAGAUGGUUGUCAAGUCUGCAGGCAUACUUGGUGGUCAGGGCAGGAUGCCAACUGUAGUUUCACCACAACUGUACAAAGAGCGCUUUCUGGAGGCAAUGAAUCGCUACUUUCUUCAUGUCCCUGACCAGUGGCAUGGCUUGGGAAGAGAUUUUCCAGCAGGAAAAGAGAAGGAAUCUUAGUCUUGGUGUCUGGAGACCAUCUGGGAUGCUUUUGCAUACCCCAGCAGAAUCUGUCUACUCAGGUGCGAAAUGUUUUUGAAAGCAAGGAUUUUGGCAGUGAGCUACUUAGUGUAGUCUACUAAAUAUUCUGCCACCUUGUGUAGACUGAAGUGUGAUUUCUAAAUUAAAAUGUAUUGAAAGCUUUUUUCAGGGACACUAUUAAAUCAGAUGGCCAGAAAGUGACAGUGCAUUUACCAUCUGUUCAGUCAAUGAGAGAAAACUGCACGGGAACAAGACAAACGAGACAAUGAUCUAAAACAUUAAAUUUCUCCCCUAUCUGCAUGUUUCAAUAUAAAUUAUAAUAUAUAUAUAUUAUAUAUGAUAAAUUAUCCAUUUACAUUGUUGCUGUGAUUAUUGUUUCCCAGUUCUGUUUCAUUCCACUGAUGGCUUGGGAAGUGUGUGUAUCUCCUUUUCCAUUCAUAAAAAGUGCCUGUGGGUUCAGUUCACUUGCAGAAAUAGGCCAUUUUAUUUUUGGAAAGAGAUGCUAGCACUUAUGCAACAUGAAAGAGAAUCUUUUAUUUAGUGCAUUUUUGUAUGAAAGACUUGGACAUUAUUUAUAAUUCUGGCUGCUCAGCUAUACUUUGUGUUUAAGAACUGACUCAUUUGCUGUCUUGGAGAAUGUUACUUGAAUAUUUCAUUUGUCUUGAUCUACUAAGAUAAAAUAAAAAGAUAAUGAAAAAAUGCUAAGAAAACAAGCUGUUAUGGGCUGUAGCUCUGCCUUACCAGCUGUCUUCUUUUGACAGAUGUUAAUAAAACUAGUCUUGGUAACAGCUUAUUACACCAAGACAUUUGUGUUAGACACCACUUGAAGGAGACUUUUUUUAUGAGCCUCUAAGUUCUUGGCAAAUCUGUGUGCUAUGAGAAAACUCUUGCACAGCAGUUGAUAUCCUGAAGAGAAAUGUUGAAGAGAAUUGUAGUACAUACAUCGCAGGAUUUUCUGGGUUAUUAGAUUGUGAGGAGCAGAACGUGUACUUCAUCUGAGCUUGUAGCAGACAACAAGCAUUGAGAAAUACACUGCUUUGGAUUUAAAUUGUUAUCUGGAUAGUGAUGGCUUGUGACAGUGUACUUUCCAAAUCCCGGUGCUGUUUAGUCAGGGGUUCUGAUACUUUAAUUCUAAUCGAUGGCAGAUGGUAUAAAAACAGAUACUUGAUACAGCCACACAGGUGUGUGAUAUACAAACUGAACACACUAGUUAAGUUAUGAAAAUAAUGAAAUUGUCCAAUUCUUGGUGUUGCAAAAAGUUUUUUGUAUACAUGUUAUUAUUACAAGAUUAUAAAAUGUUUUUGUAUUUUGGAUGCUUGUUAUACACUUAUUUAUGCGUUAGUCUGUUCCAAAAAAGACCAAGAGCAAUAAAAAGUGUUGAAGUAUUUUCAGAUCUGUUGAUAAUUGUUAUACUUUCUUGUGCAGAUUAUUUUUAUGUUGUACUAAAGAGUUAAAUAAGUAGUUUGUGUAGAAAUAAUUUUUUGGCAAGCUGUGUACUAGCUACACAGUCAUUUUGGUUAGGUGACAGGUUGUCGUUUUGAAACUAUUAAAUUCCAUUUUGAGCCUUAAUCAGUGCGUCUAUGCUGUUGUUCAUAAGAAAUGGCAUAUCCUUAAGGGCAACUGCAGUGCUGUCACAAUAUUUUCAGACUAAACAAGUUAUUUGCUUGCAUUUAUUCAUAUGAUAACUAAGGUAUGCUUCCAAUAAUUUUUCAGUUUCUGCUGAAAUGCAGUUUUAAUAAAAAAUAGUUGAGUUUACUAGAAGGUCAGUUUUUUUCAGGCUGCUUUUGGGGUUACAUGUUUACAAGCUGCACUUAUAAGGGAGGAAGGCCUUGUAUGUAUAGAAUUUCAUACCAGUUCUAGCAUAAAGUGUGUAAGAGGAAAAAAUGUUUUAAUUUAUUGUAUUUCUUUGUCAUAGAUUAUAUAUGAUGUACAUAUUAAUAGCAAGAAACAAAUAACAAAAUAGUAGGUUUUAAUGUAUUUUCCAUCUAACUUAUACAUGUCUUCUUGCAUACAAUAUUUGAUCACCUUUGGUUUACAUUGGUUUUGUUACCACCGUUCUUUUGACAAAAUCAUUGUGCAAUAUUCUUAAAUGUGUAAGUGCCUUUAUUUUUGAAGUUGUAUUCCUGUGUCUUCACAUCUGCACAUGCAUGUGGGCUUUCAUUCUCACACACAGUCCUACAUGUCUGCACACAAGGUGCCAUGUGAGAGAAACUAUUAACAUGCUAAGCCCUUUAUCCUUGGACAUGUGUAAUGCUAGUGUUACAUCUGCAAUUACUGGAAGGCAAGUUGUUAGGAAAAUGAAGAUUUGGGAGAUAUUAUUUUCUGAAAAGAGCGUUUGUAGGAAGUUAUUACGUGUGCAACAGUGCAAUUCUGUACAUACAAGAUUUAUGCUUAGAACUUGACUCUUGACUGCUUUCUGACAAAUGAUAUAUAUUCAGGGAAUCACUAGAAGUCAUUGUACAAUCGUCUGUCUUUGUGUUAGAAGAAAGUAGAAAAAAAUAUGCAUGGUGGCACAAACUCUCCUAACCUCUGUAGUUGAAAGCAUCAAAUUGCACUUAAAUAUAAUUGACAGUACAUAAUCAUAUCAAAGGACGGUUCUAAUAAAUCAGUGUUCUGUAGUAUCUCCUCUGUAUUUGAGACAGAAUUUGUUUGCUAGACUUUUUUUGGAGGGUUGGGUUGGGGGGAGUAUGUAAGGAGGCUUGGUAAGGCUGCAUGGCCAUGUGGUAAAGUGAGAUCUGGCGACUAAAAAAAAAGCACACUUUUUUCCACCCAGCAUAAGGUUAAAGGUGGCAAAAGGAGUGGGAUGUCUUCCAUACACCAACUUCUAAUGCUUAUAUUUGACUGUAAUUAAAAUCUGGGUUCAGGGGCAUUGGUAUUCAAAUUUUAGUUUAACCGUCAAUAUUGGGUGAGUAGACUUUGUUUCUCUCUGUACAUUCUUGUAACUUCAUGGUAGGAUGGUUAUAAUGGGGAUGUACUAGUCAUACUGUUUUCAAACUGCUGAAAAAUGUACUUUUCUUUUAUUUCUGCUUUUGUUUACAAUAUCGGUGUCACAAAUGUGAAUUAACUGACCAGCCCAUGAAUUAUGCUUUUUUUUGGUCCAAAUGUCAUUCCUUGAACAAAAACUGUUAUUGCCCCAACUUUAUCUUGUGAUAAAUAAACAUGUGAUGUAAGAAUUUC